ACUAGCCGUAAAAUAGAAGAACAACAAGACAAGGCCUCUAAAAACCGGAACCAGUAGCCUACAAGGCGGAGUCGCCGCAGAGGAACGAAUUUCGGAUCUUCGUUUCCGGUACUCGGUCCUAGUAAACAUGGGUAUUGAUAUCAAUCACAAGUACGACCGCAAGGUCCGUAGGACCGAGCCUAGGUCCCAGGAUGUUUAUUUGCGGCUUUUGGUUAAGCUGUACCGCUUCCUGGCCAGGAGGACAAACAGCAAGUUCAACAAAAUUGUCCUGAAGAGGCUGUUUAUGUCAAAGAUUCACAAGCCCCCAAUUUCCGUUGCGCGCAUCGUCCGCUACAUGAAGAAGCCCGGCCGUGAGAACCGCAUGGCUGUCAUCGUGGGAACUGUCACUGAUGACCGUCGUCUCUUGGACCUGCCCAAGCUUUCCGUGUGCGCCCUGCGUGUCACUGGUAGAGCCCGUGCUAGGAUCCUGAAGGCUGGUGGUGAGAUCAUCACCUUCGAUCAGCUUGCCUUGAAGGCACCUACUGGCAAGAACACAGUUCUCAUGCAAGGUUGCCGCAACGCCCGUGAGGCCUGCAAGCACUUUGGACUUGCUCCUGGUGUUCCACGCAGUCACACUAAGCCUUACGUCAGAUCUAAGGGCCGCAAGUUCGAGCGUGCCCGUGGUAGGAGGAAGAGCUGUGGUUACAAGAAGUAAACAGUUGCUGUUUUGUGUCAUUCUGUUCAGAACCAUUAAAGGUGUGAAGGAGACAAGUCA